UCGCUUACAACCGCUCAUCAAGCCACUCAGACUCACUAUCUGACAGUGUAGACUACCAAGAAAGCAAGAGACCACAACACUAUAAACGCGAUGAAGCCAUUUCUCCACCUACUUGUCGCUCUCGUCAUUAUACUUCGCUCACACGCCUACCCAAAUUUCAAGAUUCACGCCAAGAAGGAGGCAUCAUCCGACUACCCCAAGCCCGACGCUGCCAUUAUGGAAACGGUCCAAACCUACAUCUCGUGGGGAUCCCUACUCGGCAGAACAAUGCCCGACUGCGAACGAUUUCAGGCUACGUUUGGUCUCAACAGAACGUGGACGAGUCCGUUUACAGCGAACGAGUACUCCGUCUACGACAUCGAAACGACAUGCCAGCAAUUGACAAUGAAUCUGUCCUGGCACGCUGCAAGUCUUCAAGAGGGUCAAUACCUCUAUCCUUUCUACACUCCAAGGUUACUAAACAACGUGUUUUGGAAAGUCGGAUUUGUGUGGAAUGCCGUGGGCGGAUCUAACGAAAUCAGGGAGGUAUUUAAACGCAAACAAUAUGAUUUCACUAUUAUUACAACCUUGUGGUUUCAAAUUUAUCCUCCUAACAAUGUGAGCUACAUCUUUGACGCACAAGACAUUUUCUGGCCGGACGCUGAAACGGCGCUGCCUACUGUACUGGAAGAGUUGGUGGAAAAGUAUGUUUCGUUUCUUGGCGGGAACUGUAAGACGUGGGCGGAGUUAUUCUGGUUGGACGUUGGCAUGGUAACGGUGAGCGGUGAUGAUACUGAAUACUUUGGUCCGACUGGGCUGACGGAAUAUUGUAGCAAGAUGGUGUAUAUGUGGAGUUCGUAUGUUCACAUCAUUCACGACAGGAGCUACUCGGUCUACAGCUACACGAACACGAUCGACACCGUGGCGUUCACUUGGACGAGAACGGGACUCUAUCAAGGACGCGUGAAAACGGAUCAGAUCCUCACUGUGUUCGACAUCGAGCCCGACAGGACCCCAACAGCUGACUUAAAGAUCGCGACUGCAGACGACUUCUUACUGCCAGCAACAGACUAACCACGCAACUUCAGGUUUGUAACACAAAUUUUUUCUUACUGCAAUUUGGUAUACAAUAUUGUAUACCCGAUACCUAACUAAGGCAAUUGGCAGCUCUUUGCAAAGUUGUUGGUAGAUCUAGAUGUGUUAAAUAUUGUUUGCUCAUUUGCACGAGGUGCCUGCAGUAUGCAAUCUGUCGGGCUUUUAAGAAAACUCAGAGCACAAGUAAAGCAUGCCCUCUCGUAACUUUGAAUUCC